CUGUGAAGACAGCAAUGAGAGAGGAUGUAUCCGCAUGUCAAUGGAAAUUGAAUACGCCGACAACUUAUUCUCCGUCAAUUCUUCCUACGAAUGCUACGUUGAGCUGCAACCACCUCAACACUUUUCACCAAGAUUGUCAACCAUUGAAUAUGGUACGCCCGCCGGUGUCGUGCCAAUGUAGUUGCCCCAGUCAAAAAUGGUAUCCCUUGGGUGGAUAUGGAGUGAUCCACACUCUCAACUAUAUCCAGACUGUGUCAUUUCACAUUCCGAACUUGCCAGAGUACAUGGCUGUGGGUUACGUUGACGGCCUUCCCAUUUCACACUACGACAGCGAGAGCGGGAAAACAAAAGUCAAACAGGAGUGGAUGAAGAACAUCACAGCCGAGGAGCCUCGCUACUGGGAGGAAGUGACACAGAUCAAUAUUGCUAAUCAGCAUAGCUCCAAAGUCCACAUACAUACUUUUCAAGAGCGCUUCAACCAGACGGGAGGUCUUCACAUGAUCCAGGAGACGGGUGGCUGUCAAUGGGACGAUGAGACCGACCAGGUGGAUGGUUGGACUCACCACGCUUACAAUGGAGAAGACUUCAUAUGGUUUGAUUUGAAGGGACUGAGAUGGAUCGCCGUCCAGCCGCGAGCUGCCGUCACCAAACACGAGUGGGAUCGAUUGGGACGUGUAGAACACAGGAAGCAUUACAUUACCAAGAUUUGUCCUUCAUACUUGAAGAAGUACGUGAGCUUCGGGAGGGACGUCCUGAUGAGAACAGAACUCCCGCGGGUGUCCCUGCUGCAGAAGACGGCGGGCUCGCCGGUCACCUGCCACGCCACCGGUUUCUACCCCAGGGCGGCCGUCCUCUUCUGGAGGAAAGACGGCAAGCAUCUGGACGAGAACGUGGAGAUGGACGAGAUCCUCCCCAACCACGACGGGACCUUCCAGACCGGCGCUCGCCUCCUCGCGGUGGACGAAGGCGCUCGCUACGAGUGCGUCUUCCAGCUGGACGGCGUCCCGAAGGACGUGGUCACCCCGCUGGACCUCGCCGAGGUGUUGAGCAACGAGCGCAUAGAAGCGCAAGCAAGGAGAAAGACGGCGCUGGCCGUCGCCAUCCCAUCGGUCCUCCUCUCUCUGGGUGUCGCCAUCACGGUCUUUGUCGUCAAGCGUAAACAAGCCAAAUACACGCCAGCUCGUCACUUCCUGUUGAUUUGAAGUCACUUCAUGUUGAUUUUGGGUCACUUCCUGUACACGGGGCCGGCCCAGGCCAUUUGGGGGCCCUGAGCAAAAUAAUGCAAAGGGGCCCAUAUUUUUGGCCCACCAUUUCGUCACAGUGUACUGUGAUCUUUUGUGGUGACGUCACAUCCGGUGAGUGUAUAGUUUGUUUGUUAGCACUGCUACUAGUCGCUAAUCUCCUAGUGCUCCUCAAUUUGUUUUAUCCCACGGACACAUCGGAGAAUCGAUCCUAGGCUGGUUCGGCUCUCCUAGUGCUCCUUAAUUUGUUUUAUCCCACGAUUUAACAGGUCGUGGGUUAAAACUACUCUACUCUCCUCUUUAGCUCUAUCUUCCUAGCCUAGCUUAUCCGAGCUAUGGCUAGCCCUCUGCCUUCUUCCUCCCGUCUUUUCUGCUCAGUGUGCCGUAUGUAUAGCGAGCACCCUGGCUCCUUCGUCGAGGACAGUAGUAGCUGUAGGAAGUGUAGCUUAGUCUCAGGGUUGGAGACCAGGGUUUCUGAGCUAGAAGCACGGCUCUGCACUCUAGAGACGAAAGCUAGUCCUAGCUAUAGCCAGGUAGUGGCAGGGCCCGCAGGUCGUGCUUGCAGUAGUAGGAUUGCUAGCGCAGUUAGCCCCCCAGCGAGCCCCGUGCAGCCGGGGGAAAUUAAGGACGGAUUUGUGACUGUACGGGGGAAGCGCAGUGGUAAACGCACAACCUUAGUGCACCAGCAGCUUCACGUCAGCAAUAGGUUUGCCCCCCUCAGCGACACACCGGCUGAACCAGACACUCUCGUAAUUGAAAGCUCCAUAGUUAGAGACGUGAAGCACCCGGCGGUGUCUGUCAGGUGUUACCCAGGGGCCAGAGUCGGUGACAUCGAAGGAAACCUCAGGCUCUUAAAGCAGAGUAGGAAGAGGUUCCGCCGUAUCGUGAUUCACGCAGGCGGUAACGACGCCCGGCGGAGACAGUCUGAGGUGCUUAAAUUAAACGUAGCCUCGGUGUGUGAACUUGCUAAGUCGAUGGCGGACACCGUAGUUUUCUCUGGUCCUCUGCCUAAUUUGGGCAAUGAUGAGAUGUACUCUAGAUUCUCAUCAUUUAACCGCUGGUUGUCUAGAUGGUGCCCAGAAAACGAUAUAGUCUUUGUUGAUAACUGGCACGCGUUUUGGGGCAAGCCCGGGCUCAUGCGCCGAGACGGCAUUCAUCCGGCUUGGGACGGUGCUGCUCUCUUAACUCGAAAUUUGGCCGCCAAACUAAGUCUCCCAAAGUGACACUUCAGAGUGGGGGCCCGGGCGCAGUGUUGUAGUGUAAAACACAACUCUGUUAGUAGUGACCACUCGCCUCUUUCCGAGCUGUCACAAAUCCAAAAUUCAGGACAGAAGAUAGAGACUGUGUCCGUGCCUCGUAUAGUGAACAGGGGAAAACAGAGUACUAUAGGAACGAGACCAAAGAACUUAAUACAUAUAGCCCCUGAUAGCAGUGAAAAUAAAAUAGCUCUUAAUAAAUAUAUAAAAUGCGGAUUAUUAAACAUCAGGUCAAUCUCGCCCAAAUCUCUGUUAGUUAAUGACUUAAUUGGGGAUUAUAAUAUUCAUAUUUUGGCCCUGACUGAAACUUGGCUUCAGCAGGAUGACUUUGUUAGACUUAAUGAAUCCACACCCCCAAGUCACGUGAAUUUUCACACAGCUAGAAGCACGGGCCGUGGAGGGAGGGUGGCAGUAAUAUCACACUCUUGUUUAGGUAUGAGCCCAAAAAGUAAAUCUAAUUACAUUUAUAACUCCUUUGAAAGUCUAGCACUAUCAAUUAUAGACGCUAACUGGAAGAACCAAAAACCAGUUCUUUUCAUAGUGGUUUACCGUCCCCCUGGUCCCUACUCACAGUUUUUGUGAGAUUUCUCUGACUUUUUAUCUAGUAUUUUGCUAAGCUGGGAUAGAAUUAUAAUUGUAGGGGAUUUUAAUAUACAUGUUGACAAUGAAGGUGACUCCCUUGGUAAGGCCUUUAAUGACCUACUAGAUGGGACUGGCUUCAUUCAAAAUGUAAAUAAACCAAAUCAUAGUCACAAGCACACCCUGGACUUGAUUUUAACCUACGGUACGGAGAUUAGUGAUCUUAGUGUCCAUCCCCACAACCCCGUACUGUCUGAUCAUUUUCUAAUUACCUUUCAGUUUGUGCUUCAAGAUAAUCCGCCACUAGUGACUAGAACUCAGAUGAAAAGGACAUUAGGUGAUCACUCUGUUUCAGAGUAUAAACAGAUAAUUCAGCCUAUAUUUGCCUCCAUGUCAUCUAAUUAUGAAGGAAUAAUGUCCGGCCUUGCUGUUAAUGACGAGUUUGUUGAUCGUGUUAUGUUUACGCUUCGUACUACCCUCGAUGUCGUCGCUCCCUCCAAAUUAAAGUUUGUCAAGCCGAGACGAGCCUCUCCCUGGUAUAAUGCUGAAACGCGCUCUCUUAAACAAUCGACACGUAAAUUAGAAAGACUUUGGCGCCGUUCAAACACAGAGCACACCCUCUCUGCCUGGAAACACAGCUUAGUGACAUAUAAGCAGGCCUUGCGUACGGCUAAAACCAGAUAUUACUCAUCCUUAAUAGAGGAAAACAAAAAUAAUCCUAGGUUUCUGUUCAGCACUGUAGCAAGGCUGACAAACAGUCACACCUCAAUAGAACCUUAUAUCCCAACCACCCUUGGCUGUGAUGACUUCCUAAAAGUUUUUAACAAUAAAAUCGCAACUAUUAGAAAUAAAAUAAAUGACUCACUUCCAGUUAUUAGGUCUGAUAAAGUGCAGACAAAGAAUUCGGAAUCUCCUAUAAACCCCUCUAAAAUAUUAAAUAACUUUACCACUGUAGACCAAAUUGAUGUAACUUCAAUUAUAAUGUCCUCCAAACCAUCAACGUGCCUCCUCGACCCAAUCCCAACCAAACUUUUUAAAGAGACCCUGCCUCUAACUAUUGACACUAUCUUAAAUAUAAUAAAUACCUCAUUAGUUACUGGCUACGUGCCGCAGUCCUUUAAAUAUGCAGUUAUUAAACCGCUCUUGAAAAAACCUACUCUUGAUCCUGAAAUUUUGGCCAAUUAUAGACCUAUUUCUAACUUACCAUUUCUCUCCAAAGUCCUUGAAAGAGUGGUAAUUAAACAGCUCUGUCAGCACCUACAGGACAAUAGUUUAUUUGAACAGUUCCAGUCUGGCUUUCGAGCUCAUCAUAGCACUGAAACCGCAUUAGUUAAAGUAACUAAUGACUUGUUACUUGGCGCUGACGUUGGAUUAGUCUCGAUCCUGGUUCUGUUGGACCCGAGCGCAGCCUUUGACACAAUCGACCAUAAUAUCUUAUUGCAGAGAUUAGAAUGUGACAUAGGCAUUAGAGGAGCAGCCCUCUGCUGGUUUAAAUCAUAUUUAUCUAAUAGGUACCAGUUUGUCAAUGUAAACCAACAAUCAUCAUCGUACUCUAGAGUUAGUUGUGGUGUGCCGCAAGGAUCGGUCCUCGGGCCCAUCUUGUUUACGCUGUAUAUGCUUCCUCUAGGUAAUAUCAUCAGAAAACAUAGCAUUAACUUUCAUUGUUACGCUGACGACACACAACUGUAUUUAUCAAUUAAACCUGAGCAGGUCAGGCAAGUAGAAAAACUAAGCGCCUGCGUCCGAGAUAUAAAUACCUGGAUGAGCACUAACUAUCUUCUACUUAACCCUGAAAAGACAGAAGUCCUUAUAAUAGGCCCGAAAAGUGUUAGAGACUCUUUAUCUGCCCAGAUAGUCACUCUGGACAAUGUAAGUGUAGCCUCCAGCGCCACAGUUAAAAACCUAGGAGUUUUAUUUGACCCUGACUUAUCGUUUAAAGCACACAUUAAACAAACCUGUAGAACGGCUUUCUUUCACCUGCGCAACAUCGCCAAAAUUAGAAAUAUUUUAUCUAAAAGCGAUGCAGAAAAAUUAAUUCACGCGUUCGUUACAUUGAGAUUGGAUUACUGUAACUCCCUACUUGCAGCUUGUCCUAAAAGCUCUCUAAAAGGUCUUCAGCUAGUCCAAAACGCAGCAGCAAGACUUUUAACAGGAACUAAUAGAAGAGAGCACAUCACCCCUGUGCUCCAGGCACUUCACUGGCUUCCAGUCGAGUUUAGAAUUAAAUUUAAAAUCCUCCUUCUUACAUUUAAGACCAUUAAUGGGUUGGGGCCACCUUAUCUCACCGAUGCUCUGGUUCCAUACCGCCCCAACAGAACACUCCGAUCUCAGAAUGCAGGUCUACUGGUAGCAGGCAUGAAAAUCUCUCACCUUUCGGCGAAAUUCGCCGUUUUGAAGUCAAAAAUGGCGACCUACGUGAAUUGCGUAGAUCCGAGGAGAAAUUCUUUUUGGGAGGGGGGGGGGGGUCGGGAGGUUUUAUUUAAUUAUUAUUAUUGUAACGAAUCGAGUUAUAAUGUGGUGAGGGUGUUAGCAUGUGUUCCUGAAUGCACCGCAUGACGUAGAGGGGUGAGGGAGGUGCGGGAGAGCGAGGGACUUGCCUUCCGUGUUUACGUUUGUUCUGGCGGGGGAGAUAUGUGCGUUGGCUGCGGCAGAUAGCAGUCGUGUUGUUCAAUAAGUUUCCACAAAUAAAGAAUUUCGAUCUGAUUAAACGGUUGACUAUUAUCAACGUUACAUUAUUAUUAUCAUCAUGUGAUUAACUUAGUACGUAAACUGAGCACUUAAGAAAUCGGUUCUUUAAAAAAUGUCACACUUGGACAGUCAGCAAAUCCUUCUAGAUGCUUCGCUGACGAGAACCAAUCAUCGGCCCAAGGUGCGUUCCAUUAUUCCAAACGCGCGCACUCCUUACUGUACAUGGAGUGCUCGGAGAGCCUUUGGGUGGCAUUGCAUAGCUGCGAAAACAAAAACCAGGCCUUAUCCACACCGGGGCAGACCAGAGCGCAGCAUACACACUUGCCUGUAUUUGCCAGCAGAUUGAAUUUGGUGAGUAAUGGUUUCAAUCGUUUUCACAUUUUGCGAUAUAAAAAAGUUACUGCCAUUCGUUGCAGCUUGCGUUGAACACUACCAAAGCUAGCCAAAUCUCCCAUGAAAAAAAUAGCUCCCGUUAAAUUGGCGUCAAGCUUGUGUAUUUAGCGGUAAUAUAAACGAAGAAACACACUGUUGAGUCAAAUUAAGCGGCAUGCUCUCGGGUGGGAGUGGCGCCUCACAUCGCUCCCGUCGUCCGCCGGAGACGCGUUAUUUUCGGCUUGGAUUUGAGCUGACGGCCGGUGUCGGCACAACACCGGCCCGACGAGUGGUGGGAAUGAGUCCUGCUUCUUAAAGCUUUUCAGAAAUACAGGGAUCCCUCGUUUUUCGCUGUUAAUGGGGACCAGAACCCGCCGCAAUAAGUGAAAACCGCGAAGUAGUCCCCCCCGCCCCCCCAUUUUUUUGUGCGUGUUCAAUGCAUUUAUUCAGAUUUUACAUUGGAAAAAAGAUAAAUAUAUGACAUGUUUUUUCACUUUUUUCACCAAAGUAUCAUUUAUAAAUGGUUUUCAAGCACUUCAAAAUGUAAGAAUUAUGAUAAGUUUUAAACAUGUUACUGCCCCACCGAAUUAUUUUUAAACAAGAAUAAAGUAGUAAGAAAAUGCUUGGCUUUAGUAAAUGCUUCAUAGUGAGUCUACUCAAACCCUCUCAGGCUUUGGUAAACGGUGAUUGACACGUGUGCAAAGUUUUUCUUUUUAUAUAUAUUUCUUUGUUUGAAGCAACUUAUUUGAUUGAAUAAUGAAGACACAAAUGUCCUAGCCAAAAUGUGGCCCAAACGCAAAACAACAUUACUUCAAUGGAAAAAUUUGUUUCAAUCAAGUAAAAUAGUUUUCAAAUGCUUUUUUUGUCUCAAAUUUAUUUUUGCAAUCAAAAACAAUUUUUUUUAAUUGAAGUGACUUUUUGGGGAUUAAAAGUAUAUACUGUAUUUUGAUUGAAGCAACUUUGUUUUUGAUAGAAGUAACUUUGUUUUUUGAUUGAAUAAUAAAAACACGAUUGAAUAAUAAAAACACAAAUCUACCUCCAUCGUUAUUGAGAGAGAAAUAAAUUAAGAAAGCUUUAAAACGAAAAGCCACCGGGGAGUCUGUUUUUGUGUUUUUUUUAAUAUUUAUAUUUCAUUACAUAGACAUGCCUCGUAGGGAAGGGAGAUUGAGGGAUAAAAAAAGGAGUUAGAUGAGGCUGCUAAAGGCAGUGGAUACCUCAUCAGCUGGGUGAAUAGCAGACCUGGUAAGAACAAGUUUGCAAGCAUAGUCGGGUAUUAAAUACACUUAUAAACACAAUUACAAUGUUAUGUUUCUAAGAUUUUAUGUCAUUGCUUUAUUAAUCAUUAGGUGCUAGAGUUGUUAAGUAUGGAUAAUAAUGAAAUAAUAGUUUUAAGAAAACUGUGCUGUUGGUGGCUCAGUGACCGUCUAAUGUGGUUUGUUCUCAGAUGAACAAGUUGAGGAAGGAAGUUUUGAUGCAGAGGUUGAGGGAAGAAAAUAGGCAGACUGACUGAGUCAAAGCCAGAAAGUGUUAAUGACAGUUUUGAUUUCUAUUCACUGUUGCCCCCUCCCAAUUAAAGUAUGUCACAGUCGCAGCCAAUAAUUAUCUAAAGCUGGUUAAAAUUGAAGUUAUGUUGUUUUAAGGUGUAUUAAAUACUUGUUCAUGUGCUCCUUUUGAUCUACGAGCACCCGCCCCUCCACCGGUCUCUGCACGGCCCUGCUGAAACACAGUGUGGGUCGACAGAGCUCAAUAUUUUAUUGGGGUGUACAGUGUACUGGAACAUAUUUCCUCCACACCCUUCUCACCUUUUUGACCCCUGACCCAUUUUCAUGCCUGUGGUAGUUCCCAGGGUUUCUAAAAGUACUGUCGGAGCUAGAGCCUUUAGCCACCAAGCCCCUGUUUUAUGGAAUCAGCUUCCAGCUAGUAUUAAAGAAGCCGAGACAGUCUGCACAUUUAAGAUUAGAUUAAAAACGUUCCUAUUCGACAAAGCUUAUGGUUAGGCUAGUUGAAGUCGGAGUAGACUCACAGUUUAGUCUAAGCUGCACUAGAAGCUAUAAUGCUGGGGGCAGUACAGCCGCUGAGUUCUAUCUCCUUUUCUUACUCUACCUACCACUUGUCUUACUUUAUUUCUAUUUUCCAAUGUUAAUAUCUAGUUGUCUAGUCUCUUCAUCACUAGUCACCCGGUGUCCCCUUUCCCCCCUCCCCUCUGGGGAGGGGCUAUUUUCCAGCUGCAGCCUCCUGACUGUCCGGACCCCUGGCUGGAUAGACGUCCUCGCUGCUACCCCCGUCUCAUCUGACUAGAGGGACUUCUUCUUGCUCCUUUACUCCACUGUAUUUUUACGGACUAUAAUUUCGCUUGCUAAUUCCCAUUAGCCGUUUUGGGGGUUCCUGUCUAUCCGUCCUGGGAGUGGAUCUCUCCUGACUGUGGUACUCCCCAAGGUUUCUCAUUUUUCUCCCAAUUGACUCUGGAGUUUUUGGAGUUUUUCCUUGCCGGCAUGGAGGGUCUUAAGGAUAGGGGAUACCCAGGACUUAAAUUGCAUCUAUUCAUCUUUGUUGCUUCAUUUCUAAUUGUGUAUCUUAUUGCCUCUGUUAAGCCCUUUGAGACUUCUGUUGUGAUUGAGGGCUAUACAAAUAAAAUUGAAUUGAAUUGAAAUUGAAUUGAAACCCGUACAUGCAAUCCAAGCCAUACGUCCAUAUUUUGUAUAUUAAUCAGAUUUUGUUGCACUGCAUACUUCAAACUUGUCACCCCAAAUGAUUGUCAGUACUUACAGUAGAUAGCGCCAAACCUUUUUCUGAAAGAGGAAAGAAAGAAGUUAAGGAAGAACUUUUCUUUUUUUUAAGCUUGUAAUCAAGUAUCAAAACUCACAAAAGUCAAAUAAAGCAAACUGUAGUAAACUAAAUAGAAUAUAAAUUAAACAAUUGGGGGGGGGCCCUAGUGGUCAGGGGCCCUAAGCAGCUGCAUAGUCUGCGUAUAGGCUGGGCUUGCCCUGCCUGUACAUUUUGGAUUGUUUCCUGUUGAUUCUACCACAUUUUUUCCGUCACCUCCUGUUCACUGUUGACUUCCUUGUUGAUUUGAGGUGUCACUUCCUGUACAUUUUUGAUCCUUUCCUUUUGCUUUUAGGGCAUUUCCCUGUCACCUCCUCUUGAUUUUGGUGCUUUUCUGGGUCACUUCUUAUUGAUUUUAGGCCACUUUCUGUACAUUUUGGAUCCUCUCCUCUUGCUUUUAAAGUGCAUGUGACACAAAAAAGCAUGUUUAUUUCAUAAUACACGCGGUAUUUUAUGCUCCUGAAUGAUAUGGACUGCUUGGAUGUGUGUGGAAGCCAUCGCUAUAUUUAUUCAGUUUUUUGAAUCCCGCGCCAGGAAAAUGAGUGACUUCCGGCAACAGUCUCGAGUUGAGAAAGAGGGCGCUGUGACGUGUACAGUAGAAGACGUCCUCUUCACGCUACAGCCGUACGGUUGUAUGAGAAGAACAAAGGAUUCAGCCGAUUUUGCGGAUUAAUACGUUUAUUUUUCGCAUUACGCCAGCCAAACGGCUGCAGAAAAAUCAUUCUGUAUGAGGGAGAGGCGUAUGCGGCUUUUUGGAGUUUCAAAAGGUUCCCAUUCACCGUGGAUAUUUACUGUGGGACCGUUGGACUUACGAGGAAGUGAGUAAACAUCUUGUUUUGUAUUAUGUCAAAUACGAAUACAGCGAUUACAAAGUAAACACUACAAACUUUCUUUAAAUAAAGGACUACUUACGUUUGAUCAUUGAUAGGCAUGUAAAAAGCUCUCCUAAUGCAUUAGCAGCAGCACGUUAGCUGCGUUAGCUCCAGCCACCCUCCUCCGGGGAACGAACUGUAAAUUGCUCUCCGCCGGGCAGUUUGCCGAUCCACAAAGACGAUCGACAACCCAGUUGUCAUGUCAAAUAAUCCGGUCUAGUUAUGUGUGAUUUUCUGCUUCGAAGACUUUGAAACAUCACUCGGUUCGGGUUAGCAUCUCGGCUACCUUUCACGGCUCUUGCUUUGUUUACAUUCUCCGAAGCCGGGGAAGGGAAAUGACAUAUGUCCGAUUUAGGUGUCAUAAAAUAUCGUUCGGGAGGUGCGACAGUAAAGGUGAAGUCGACAGUUUUUACCAUUAAUUUUGCCAUGUCGUCCUGAAUAAAUGCAUUUUUAUGAUUUCAUAUUCCAUUUAGCACAAGACUUAUUUGUCAUGACCAUGCCAUUUAUUUAGCAAUUGGGGAAAAUAUUUGGAUAAAAAGAAUAUCCUGUAAAAAUAUUGGAGUAGAGAGACUGAAACAAUGACAUUUUGCGGCUCUCUUUGUCGCGUUUUCCUCGUUCUGAAUAAUUCCCCCUCAAUGGGCUUAAUAGUAAAACCGAUGAGCCCAGUCUACCGCUGACGUCAUCCACCUGUUGGGGACGCUAAAGCCCUAUAAUGGUAGGCGUGGCUAACCGGCAGAUUAAAAGACUAAUUUCUCGUCAUCUGUGCUUUGCUAAAUUGUUGUAUAUAGUCGAAUCGUCUCAAAAUAUGAUUCUAAUUCACAUAAUAAUGCCAUUUAAGACUUUUUUUCUCGUGUCAUAUGCUCUUUAAGGGCAUUUCUCAUUUCCUUUACAUUCGUUAGUUUCUGUUGAUUUAAAGGCAUUACCCAGGUCACUUUUUUUGUUUUUGUUUGGGUCACUUCCUGUACAUUUUAAGGCAUUCCGACUCUAUUCCUGUACUUCCUGUGUUUUGGAACAUUUACUGUUAAUUUUAGGACAUUUCCCUGUCACUUCCUGUUGAUUUGGGGGUCACUUCCUGUACAUCUCUGAUCAUUUCCUCUUAAUUUUAGGGGAUUUCUGUGUCAUUUCCUGUUGAUUUUGGAGCAAUUCAGCAUCACUUCCAGUACUUUUCUGGUCAUUUUUAUCUUUUUUUUUUCCAAUUCACGGCAAAAGCCAAUUUUUUUAUGGGUGCUGGGGUGAGGGGGGGUGUCACUCAACAUACUGUUUUGUCAAACUUUGAUAUAAUUAUUUUAGAAUUCAAUUGGAAAUAAAUGGUAUUGACAGGCUACAUCUUUUUCCCGGUCCUCCCAUUUGACAACCCUGAGCUAAAAACUCCACCCCCACAUUUCCCCUAACACAGCUACCCGCACCGAUACAGAGACCGCUUCCUCUCGGACCGAUUCUCCCAAGGCGGCUUCUUCCGAGACCGAUUCCCCCGGAGUCGCUUUGUUUGAGGCCGCUUCUCCCGAGACUGCUUUUACCCAAAGCGCUUCUUCCGAGUGAGAUGCCCA